AUGAACGAGGCGGCGCAAAAGCUUCUUGGAGUGUACAAUGAAGUUCCACACAGUGACCUGAACCAUCCCGUUAAUAGUCAGGAAUGUGGCCCAAUCGGAAAAAAGGAUGACGUAACAGAUAAUACCAUUAGGGGUGGCGUUUCACAGCAGACCGACGAUGCAUUCUGGAACACUCCUGAUACAUUAGCUGCACUUGAUGAGGUUAUGAAUGCAAUUGAACAGCGGGACCGCUUCAAGAGGAUGCACAAUGAGGGGCCCAGUUACAGCUUGGGGUUGGGUUUGACUCCAGAUUAUGUUGUUGCCGCCGACGACGUUGAUGAUGGCGCACGUCAGCGUACGAGUGUGGAUAGAGAUAAAAACAUAGUUGGGACGUCACUUACUGUGGAUGCGCAAAGAGUUGGCGUUGGUUUGUUUGACAAGACGAUGAUACUGAAAGUACCUGGGCUAGAAACCGGCAAAUGUGCAACUACAGGCACUGCUCGUAAGAAGAUGGACAAGGUACCUGAUCCUAAUGGUGAUGGAGGUAUAACAGAUCAACCUCCCGGUGUCCAGAAAGAUUCAAUGUUGGAUAGAACGCUCGAUGUACCAGAACAUGAUGGUGAUCGUAAGAAACGUUCUGAAGUUGGUGCACACAAAACAAGCCAGCCCGAUAGCGACGAUUUUGUCGAUGACGUACCUCUAUCUCGUUUGGCAGAAAUCAAAAAAACCCGUCAUGGUACCCGACGCCGUGCAUUCUUACCCUUAGUACAACAAGGUGACACUUCUACGAAGCCCGAUAAAACAGAAGAAGCAGAACGCGUCGGCGGGCUUCCGAAGCGUUCCAAAGUUGGUGCAAGCACGAGCCAGUAUGAUAGCGAUGAUUUUGUCGAUGAUGUACCUAUACGCUAUCAGGCAGAAAUCACAAAAUCUCGGAAUGAUAAGGGCAAGCGCAAAAUUGAUGAUACCGACAUUAUAGUCAAACAUUCUGUUGAUGAGGCUUCUAUCGUUGAUGUGGAAAGUGAUGACGACAAAGUGUUUCCGAGUGUGUCUACGAGGACUUCAGCCGGUACGUUUGUCAAGGCGAUUUCUGGUCUAUCAAAUGUCAAGAAGAAUGCAGUCCGUGAAAUGGGCUUUGGACGUUUGUUGGAGUUGUCCAUAACUACAACGCCAUUGAAGAUGGGUUUUUGGUUGGUAAACAACUUCAACCACCUAGACCGGAAGCUCCAAUUGUACGAUGGGGAGAAAGUGCACGUCAAGAAAGAAGAUGUAUAUGUUGUGUUUGGGUUGCCUCGUGGAGAGCUCGAGGUUAAUAAUAAGAAGAAGCGAGUUACAUCAAAUAUGUUGGAUGAGUGGAUCGCUCUCUUUGAUGUUAGAAGGCCGUCGAACAUUACGAUGUCGAAGGUCUUGGAUAAGAUCAACGAAUGCGAUGAUGGCAGUGUUUGGUUCAAGCGCCAUUUCAUAGUCCUUAUGUUAUUCUACGUGGACAAGGUAGCGUUGUCCGUGAGAUCGGUCCCGAGGAGGUUCCCGACGUUCAGCUCCUGGAGUAACGAGGCCUUAAGAAACAGAGAACGUGACGAGAUCGCUUCGGGGGCCUUCGGGAGAGGUUUCGUGGAUGCAGACGCUCUCGAUACCCACCAGCAUGAUAAAAUGUGUACGAACUCUGACGACGUCAUUGCUGGGGUCCUGGAGAAUUGUAGUGUACAGGCUUAUGUUCAUGAGUUUACGUCUAAAACACGGCUUCUUGCAACUACCGGGGUUGAAAUACUACAAUUGGUUGAAAAGGCCCCGCAAGUUCUACUUGAAGAUGAGAACUUUGUGAAAAUGAACGAGGCGGCGCAAAAGCUUCUUGGAGUGUACAAUGAAUUGCCACACAGUGACCCAAACCAUCCCGUUAAUAGUCAGGAAUGUGGCCCAAUCGGAAAAAAGGAUGACGUAACAUAUAAUACCAUUAGGGGUGGCGUUUCACAUCAGACCAACGAUGCAUUCUGGAACGCUCCUGAUACAUUAGCUGCACUUGAUGAGGUUAUGAAUGCAAUUGAACAGCGGGACCGCUUCAAGAGGAUGCACAAUGAGGGGCCCAGUUACAGCUUGGGGUUGGGUACUCCAGAUUAUGUUGUUCCCGCCGACGACGUUGAUGAUGGCGCACGUCAGCGUACGAGUGUGGAUAGAGAUAAAAACAUAGCUGGGAUGUCACUUACUAUGGAUGCGCAAAGAGGUACUGCACGUAAGAAGAUGGACAAGGUACCUGAUCCUAAUGGUGAUGGAGGUAUAACAGAUCAACCUCCCGGUGUCCAGAAAGUGUCCCGACGUCGCACACAACUGCCAUUAGUACAACAAAGGGACAUGUUCACGAAUCCUGCUAACAUUCAAGAAGAUCCAAUGUUGGAUAGAACGCUCGAUGUACCAGAACAUGAUGGUGAUCGUAAGAAACGUUCUGAAGUUGGUGCACACAAAACUAGCCUGCCCGAUAGCGACGAUUUUGUCGAUGACGUACCUCUAUCCCGUUUGGCAGAAAUAAAAAAAACCUGUCAUGGUACCCGACGUCAUGCAUGCUUACCCUUAGUACAACAAGGUGACACUUCUAAGAAGCCCGAUAAAACAGAAGAAGAACGUGCCGACGGGCUUCCGAAGCGUUCCAAAGUUGGUGCACGCACGAGCCAGUAUGAUAGCGAUGAUUUUGUCGAUGAUGUACAUAUACGCUAUCAGGCAGAAAUCACAAAAUCUCGGAAUGAUAAGGGCAAGCGCAAAAUUGAUGAUACCGACAUUAUAGUCAAACAUUCUAUUAAUGAGGCUUCUGACGUUGAUGUGGAAAGUGAUGACGACGAAGUGUUUCCGAGUGUGUCUACGAGGACUUCAGCCGGUACGUUUGUCAAGGCGAUUUCCGAUCUGUCAAAUGUCAAGAAGAAUGUAGUCCGUGAAAUGGGCUUUGGACGUUUGUUGGAGUUGUCCAUAACUACAACGCCGUUGAAGAUGGGUUUUUGGUUGGUAAACAACUUCAACCACCUGGACCGGAAGCUCCAAUUGUACGAUGGGGAGAAAGUGCACGUCAAGAAAGAAGAUGUAUAUGUUGUGUUUGGGUUGCCUCGUGGAGAGCUCGAGGUUAAUAAUAAGAAGAAGCGAGUUACAUCAAAUAUGUUGGAUGAGUGGAUCGCUCUCUUCGAUGUUAGAAGGUCGUCAAACAUUACUGUGUCGAAGGUCUUGGAUAAGAUCAACGAAUGCAAUGAUGGCGGUGUUUGGUUCAAGCGCCAUUUCAUAGUCCUUAUGUUAUUCUACGUGGACAAGGUAGUGUUGUCCGUGAGAUCGGUCCCGAGGAGGUUCCCGACGUUCAGCUCCUGGAGUAACGAGGCCUUAAGAAACAGAGAAUGUGACGAGAUCGCUUCGAUGCCUUCGGGAGAGGUUUCGUGGAUGCAGACGCUCUCGAUACCCACCAGCAUGAUAAAAUGUGUACGAACUCUGACGACGUCAUAG